CGGGCCGAGCCGAGCCGGGCCGAACCGCCGGGUCGGCCCCGGGGCCCGCCGCGAUGUGGCUGGGGCCCGAGGAGGUGCUGCUGGCCGGCGCGCUGUGGGUGACGGAGCGGGCCAACCCCUUCUUCUUGCUCCAGCGCCGGCGGGGACACGGCAAAGGGGGCGGCCUGACGGGUCUCCUUGUGGGAACAUUAGACGUAGUUUUGGAUUCCAGUGCUAGAGUUGCCCCAUACCGUAUCCUGCACCAGACCCAGGACUCUCAGGUGUACUGGGCAGUGGCAUGUGGAUCAUCUCGUAAGGAGAUCACAAAGCACUGGGAAUGGCUGGAGAAUAACUUACUGCAGACUCUGUCCAUCUUUGAUAAUGAAGAAGAUAUCACCACCUUUGUCAAGGGCAAGAUACAUGGAAUUAUAGCUGAAGAGAACAAGAACCAGCAGCCUCAGAGUGAAGAGGAUCCAGGUAAAUUCAAAGAGGCUGAACUGAAGAUGCGGAAGCAGUUUGGGAUGCCAGAGGUGGAGAAGUUGGUCAAUUACUAUUCUUGCAGCUAUUGGAAAGGACGUGUACCCAGGCAGGGCUGGCUGUACCUCACUGUCAAUCACCUCUGUUUCUAUUCCUUCCUUCUGGGCAAAGAGGUGACGCUGGUGAUUCAGUGGGUGGAUGUAACUCAGCUAGAAAAAAAUGCUACACUGCUGUUCCCUGAGUGCAUUAAAGUCAGCACAAGGGACAGUGAGCUUUAUUUUUCCAUGUUUCUUAACAUCAAUGAGACCUUCAAGUUGAUGGAGCAGCUGGCUAACAUCGCUAUGCGGCAGCUGCUGGAUAAUGAGAGCUUCCUGCAGGACAAGUCCCUCCCGAAGCCCAGGAAGCCUCUGAAGAACAUCUCUGCACUAAAAAGAGAUCUUGAUGCUCGAGCCAAAAAUGAAUGCUACCGUGCCACUUUCCGACUGCCCAAGGAUGAAUGCCUGGAUGGACACACAGACUGCACCUUGUGGACACCAUUCAACAAGAUGCACAUUCCUGGUCAGAUGUUUGUUUCCAACAAUUACAUCUGCUUUGCCAGCAAGGCAGAGGAGGCCUGUCAUCUCAUCAUUCCUCUCAGGGAGGUGACAAUAGUUGAGAAGGCAGAUAGCUCCAGCGUCUUGCCCAGCCCUCUGUCCAUCAGCACUAAAAGUAAAAUGACCUUCUUCUUUGCCAAUCUGAAGGACCGAGAUUUCUUGGUGCAGAGAAUCUCUGACUUCUUGCAGAGAACACCAUCCAAGAAACCACUCAUCAGCGACAGGGAAUGGAAGUGGAAUUUGGGUGAUCCUGGAUGUGAGGAAGUUCCGGAGUUGCCUUCCAGCAGCCCUCUUGCAGUUAGCCCCACAUCUGCUCUCAACAAUCGACCUGUCAACUUCUGUGCUGGUGAAGUGCCAACAGCAUCCCAGGGACUGCUCAAACUUUUCAGAAGAAAUUCUGAGGAGCUUUUGGGACCCAAAGGGGCAAAGGAGAAGAUGAAGGAAGAGUCUUGGAACAUUCAUUUCUUUGAAUAUGGGAGAGGGAUGUGUAUGUAUCGUACUACCAAGACUAGGGAGCUGGUGCAGAAAGGAAUCCCAGAGAAUCUUCGUGGAGAACUGUGGCUCCUUUUCUCAGGGGCUUGGAAUGAGAUGGUCACUCAUCCUGGUUACUAUGCAGAUCUUGUGGAAAAGUCAAUGGGAAAGUACAAUCUUGCUACAGAAGAGAUUGAGAGAGAUCUGCACCGUUCUAUGCCAGAACAUCCUGCCUUCCAGAAUGAGUUGGGAAUUGCUGCUCUCCGGAGAGUCUUAACAGCUUAUGCAUUCAGGAAUCCAACAAUUGGAUACUGUCAGGCGAUGAACAUUGUUACAUCAGUGCUGCUGUUAUACUGCAAUGAGGAAGAGGCUUUCUGGCUCCUAGUGGCUUUAUGUGAGCGGAUGUUGCCAGAUUACUACAACACAAGAGUAGUGGGUGCAUUGGUGGACCAGGGCAUCUUUGAAGAACUUACACGAGAGUAUCUUCCACAACUGUCAGAAAAGAUGCAGGAGCUGGGAGUGAUUUCCACCAUAUCCCUUUCUUGGUUUCUCACACUCUUCCUCAGUGUCAUGCCCUUUGAAAGUGCUGUUGUCAUUGUUGACUGUUUUUUCUAUGAGGGCAUCAAGUUUAUCUUGCAGGUGUCAUUGGCCAUUCUUGAUGCCAACGUGGAGAAGUUGUUACAGUGCUGUGAUGAAGGUGAAGCAAUGACUAUUCUGGGCAGGUAUUUGGACAACGUGGUUAACAGGCAGAGUGUCUCACCUCCUAUUCCACACCUGCAUGCCUUAUUGACAAGUGGGGAUGACCCACCACUUGAAAUUGACAUCUUUGACCUCAUCAAAACAUCCUAUGAGAAAUUUAGCAACUUGAAGGCAGAUGAUAUUGAACAAAUGCGUUUUAAACAAAGGCUGAAGGUGAUCCAGUCUCUGGAGGAUACAGCCAAGAAGAGUGUGGUCCGGGCUGUGUCUGGUGAUAUUGGUUUCUCUAUUGAAGAACUAGAAGAGCUAUAUGUAGUGUUUAAGGCAAAGUACCUGAUGAGCUGCUACUGGGGAAAUAAUCGUGCUGCAGCUGCCCGCCGAGAUCAGAGCCUGCCUUACCUGGAGCAGUAUCGCAUAGACAUGGAGCAGUUCAAAGAGCUCUUCAUCACUUUGACCCCCUGGUCCUGUGGUGCACACACCCCUGUGCUAGCAGGGCGCCUCUUCCGGCUUCUGGAUGAGAACAGGGAUUCUCUCAUUAACUUCAAGGAGUUUGUGACAGGGAUGAGUGGGAUGUACCAUGGCGACCUCACUGACAAGCUCAAAGUACUUUACAAACUGCAUCUGCCUCCUGCUCUGAAUCCAGAGGAGACGGAGUCUGCUUUGGAGGCCACAAGUUAUUUCACAGAGGAUGUUACGACAGAAGAAACCCAAGAAGAGAAAGGAAGGAGAAAUGACAGUGGUCAAGAAAAAGAGGAGAAAGGUACCAGCCCACAGGACUAUAGAUACUACCUAAGAAUGUGGGCCAAGGAAAAAGAGUCCAAGAAGGAAACUAUUAAAGAUCUCCCCAAAAUGAGUCAGGAACAAUUCAUAGAGUUAUGCAAGACCCUUUACAACAUGUUCAGUGAGGAUCCAGUAGAGCAAGAGCUGUACCAUGCUAUUGCCACUGUCGCCAGCCUCCUUCUGCGAAUUGGGGAGGUUGGGAAAAAGUUCUCCAACAGACCCAUAAGGAAGUCUGAGGACUGCAAAACAAACAGUAGCCAAGAUCCCGUGAGUGAAGAGGAGUCGCCUACAUCUGAACAGAGUCAGAACUCAACAGUGGAGCAGCAGCCCCGAGUUGACCAUGAAGACAAAACCUGCAGAGAUGUUCAGCCUGAAAAAACUGAGCAGGAGAACCAAACUCUAGGAGAUGGUUCAGGGGAAGGACAAGGCUCUCCUUUACAGCUGCUAUCAGAUGAUGAAACCAAAGACGAUAUGUCCAUGUCUUCCUACUCCAUGGUCAGCACAGGCUCCUUGCAGUGUGAAGACAUUGCAGAUGACACGGUCCUAGUUGGCUGUGAAGGUGGUAGUUCAGCUGCCAGGUACGGCAGUACCAUUGAUACUGACUGGUCUAUUUCCUUUGAGCAGAUCUUGGCUUCCAUGCUGACUGAGACAGCUCUUGUAAACUAUUUUGAGAAAAAAGUCAACAUUCUCCAAAAGAUCAAAGAUCAGAAGAAGGUAGAGAGGCAGUUCAGUUCAUCCAGUGACUAUGAGCUUUCUUCUGUGUCAGGGUGAACUCAAAGCAGUCAUUGCCUUUGGGAAAUAAAACAGGGGGAUAAUGUGGCAGAUGGCAGGAUGGUUUGGUAUUUUGUGUUCAGGGUUGUUUUUUUAUUUAUUCAGAGACCAUUAACUACACAAUUACAGUAGAUUCCAUUUGGUAAGGGGCAUCAGACAGUGAUUGUUCUGUGUAGGUGCUUUUUUUCUGCUCCUGAGGUUAACAGAAUUAGAUUUACAUUCUCAAGAGCCGUUAGAACCUAAUAGCCCCUGACAUACAGAAUUACCACCAUAAAUUAUGCAUGUCUGACUUCUGCAAUCUUUUAUUUUAAUGAAGUUUUAUUUCAGACAGUAACUGCUCCUUGCCUGCCCUUGUUUGCUGUAGAUUCCUGUGUAAUUUGCACAGCAGAUGCAGCCUGGCUUGAAACCAUGUUCAUCUCUGGCUGCUGAUCUGAGAACUCACCCAGUGUUCUCAAGUGCUAUAGGACCUUGACCUAUAAAUAGUCUUGUAAGUUCUUCAGUGCUGUUCUGUGACUCAGCAGCUACAAAGCAGAUGUGCGCCACUGCUCCCAGAGCCCUAAGAUCUAAACACAGACAUUUCUCAGAUCCGCAGGUUUCUUUCAGAUGAGAUUUGCUGUUUUCAUAACAUGAACACUUUUCUCCAUCAUUCAGGAGACAUUUUUCAGACAAACCUGGUUUUCUAGCUUUUGCAGUUCUUUAAAAGUUACUGUUUCUACUUUCUCUCGGAAGCCAAAAGCUCCUUGACUUCAGUGCAGCAGUAAUAUUAGGCCAAUCAAUGGGCUUAUGAUGGUUGUAAGAAGGGAGCGUGCUCCUGAACAGUGAAUCAGCCUCAGCAUUACAGAAUAGUGGCACACUGCUCUGCUGGACUUUCCUUCUUGGUACAGAAUACAUGUAUUUCCUCGCUAAUUCUCUAUUUUUGCUAACUAGUGAUGGGUCCAAUUUUAAUAAGACCCCUAAGAAUGCUCUGCUCAGCCAGCCCUUGUGUACGCUUGGGUUGGAUUUGUAGGAGUGCUGUGCCACCUGCAGCUGCUCAGUGUGUCCUUUCUGAACAUCUCUCGUAUGAAGUGUCUAGCCUUGGACGUGCUCUUAGAAAGUACUGUACAUCAGAAGGUAUUUACACCUAACGAGGGAGAAUUCAGAGCACUGUGAUGCUCUGCCAUCAGUCUGUUAUGAGAAACCUGAGCAGAGUAGGUCUCAUUUCAGUUAAAGAGAUGAAAUAACUGGAACAAUGAGCGACUGCUCGGUGAGAAGAGACUAAGAGUCAGCCUUCUGGUGGUAGAGCAUCCGCUCCGAGGAAGACAAAUUAAUGCUGUUUGAACAGAUAAACUCAUCUCAGUGCACAGGCAUCUGCCUCACAGGGCCAGCGGGGGAGAUGCUGGUGCUCAGCGGGAGCAGAUCCGGUGCUGAAGGCAAGGAGUGCUGCAGGAUCGGGCUGGCAUUUGGCAUAUAAAGGAGGGGAAGGACCCCUGCAGUCGGAUGUUCCCAUUAACACUACUCGGUGUGCUUCUCCAUGUGAAUUCCUUUGCGACGUUAUCUGUAUGUAUUCACAGCUGGUACAUAUUUCUUGUUUUUUCUGCCUCUGCCCUGUAGCUGGAGAGCAGCCAUUAGCUAAACUGCUUUUACUAAUUAUUCAAUAAUUUAUUGUAAUUUUUUUAAAGUACAAAUACUACUUGUGAUUUUACACUGUCUGUCUGUCUGUCAUGUACUCAAUAAACGAACCAGAACCACCAG